UUUUCCAGAAUGAAUUCGCGAAGAUCCGCGAAUUUGAUUUUAAAUAUUUGGGCGCGUAGGUUAGUUACCACAAAACAACAAAACAAACUUUCUUCAUUUGAAGCUUUGUUGAUCGAUAAUGUCAGACUCGUGGCAAGAUAUACCAGAUGAAAGUAACAGUAUGAAUUCAGAGGAAGAGGAGUUAGAAGAUGGUAUGGAUGCUGAUUCAAGCAGAGACAUCAAUCUCGAAUACGUUCAAGGUAAGUUACAUUUGACACAAUUCAAAAGUUCACAUCGUUAAUAGCUUUGAAGGAACUAGGGAUAUGGAAGAGCUGAAGCUUGUUGAUAUUGGGGCUCUUGGAGCAUGGUCUGUGUCCUCCUGCAAGGUAGGCUCAGGGAUAAAAGAGUUAAGGGAAGAUAAUCCAGAAUCCUUUUGGCAAUCAGAUGGAGCACAACCACAUUAUCUUGACAUUCAUUUCUCCAAAAAAGUUUCCAUCUCUAGAAUAUCAAUCUUCACAGACUUUGCUCGUGAUGAAUCAUAUACACCGUCCAAAAUCACAUUCUUAGCAGGCAAUGGGUUCCAUGACUUAAUUGAAGUCACUACGGUGGAACUAAACCAACCAAGCGGAUGGACACAUAUUCCAUUUGAUGAGGAGCAAGAAAUUGGUGGGAAAUGCUUAAAGACUUUUUUAGUUCGGUUACUAAUUUUGGCUAAUCAUCAACAUGGUAAAGAUACACAUCUCAGAGCAGUGAAAAUUUAUUCGCCAAUGACAACAUAUUCCUUGAAUUCUGGUAUACUGGGGUCCUUUACGAGCAGAAAACUUCAGUCUGAAGCUGUGAUACGAUGA